AGAGGGAGGGAGAAAUUGUGUUGCCUUGGCAACGCAAAGGAAAACUCAGUUAUUGAUGUUACCCUGACGUUACCAUGUUUUUAAAAUAUUUCUGAUUUGUUAAAUUGUUGUUUAUUACUUUAUGAGUUUGGUUAACUGGUGAAUGCAAAUUAUUUACAACAAUGUCGAUACAUAAAAUUGACGAAGAUCGUGAUAUAUCUCCAAUGGUAAAGCUGUCGUCGCAUAUGUACGGCAGUUUCGAUGCAGGAGAUGGGAGAUCACUCUCUCCAGACGGUACUGACUACAGUUUUCAAGACGUAUCCAAUGUUCAGUUACCAUAUGGGCAUGGGUUACAAGAUUGUUAUGACCAGCAGGCUGGCACAUCAAGCAUUCUCGGGGCUGGAACCAAGCGCUCAGUUUCGCGGAUGUCAUCUUUGUCGCGCAAUCUGAAUCAGAGGGUUUCCGAUCAGUCAGACAACAGCGAAGAAGAAGAUGAUGAAGAGUUGGAUGUGCAGGCGACCACAUUGGAAGGAACAUAUGAUCCCUCGGAAUUUGAUCAUCUACAAGUGUCUGAAGAAAUAAAAGAUCUUUUCCAGGACAUAACUCGCUACACACCACAGAACAUAGAGCUGGACUACAAGCUAUGGCCGUUCAUCCCCGACUUCAUCCCGGCGGUGGGGGACAUAGACGCCUUCCUGAAAGUGCCGCGCCCGGACGGGCUGAACGACCUGAUUGGGCUGCGUGUGCUGGACGAGCCGUGCGCCCGGCAGAGCGAGCCCGCCGUGCUGCAUCUGCAGCUGCGCGCGGUCGCCAAGCAGUCGUCCGCCAAGCCCGUGGUGGUGAAGAUGGUGGAAAAUGCAGAGAAGAAUCCAAAAGCUAUAGACAGAUGGAUUAAAGAUAUUGGAGAUCUCCAUCGCAGCAAGCCACCACCCACCGUUCACUACACAAAGCCUCUGCCCGACGUGGACGGCCUGCUGCAGGAGUGGCCGGCGGAGUUCGAGCAGAAGCUGCGGGAGGUGGGCCUGCCGACCCCCGACCUCGACUGCGACCUCGCCACGUACAUCGACAUUGUGUGCGGUUUGUUCGACAUCCCAACAUAUGAAUCGAAGAUACAGUCACUUCAUGUUCUUUUCACACUCUAUUCUGCUGUGAAGAACUUGCAGACACAUGCUGAGACUAAUGUAGGGGACAAUGAAAAGUGAAGUUCCUUACAUCUCUCAUUAUCUCAUCGUCUCCUUGAAGCCUGGGAGUCCGUUGAAAGGGGUAGGGAAGGGGUGGCCCUCAAGCGGAGAAAAAGAUAAAAGAUGCUUUACUGUUAACAUGGAGUGUCUGCAGAGGGCCUGCCCACAGCGAAUUAGUAGUCAAGCAUGUGUCCACAUUAGUGGCCUCAAUUGGCUAUAAGUAUGACCAUUGUUGGCUGUUUGUAAACUGAAAACUAUUCUAGUCAUAUUUUUCGUGCUCACAGUGAUUGUGUGUCAAUGUACAGUGAUAUCAAAUAUUAUAAUCUUUUACACUCAACACAAUAAAAAAAUGUUAAAAAUUU